GAGGAUUGCUCAAAUUCGAGGCGUCCUUCAGCUUUUACAAGCAGAAUCUUUCACUACGAGCUACAAUAUGAAUUUCUAAUUUCUCGAACCAGUUUUUCCAAAGUUGGACGACUAGAGGGUAGAUUUAGACGCCGUGUGUUGGAGGUAAAUUUCGAUCUUUUGAAAUUUUGACGUUGAGCCAGUAAUUAUAAAUAUCCUUUAAGGUUCGGUUUAAUUAUUUUUAUACUUGUCGGUUUUCAGAUACUCUACAACGUACCUCAAAAGUCGUUUAUUUGUUGUUCUUCAUAGUUCUAACAAAACGUUCUUUGAAUGAAGUGAACGCAAUCCAGAAAAAUCCAAAUUGCAGGGGGCACUAAAUUAAGUUCGUCUUUCAUUGAAACUUGAAGGAGGUCACCAUCAGGUCAAUAUUAAACAAGUCAAAGUAAUUUAAAACGAAUUAAUUACACAUUCACAAGUUAAACAACGGUAGAAACUCUCGAUUAUUAAUGUUUCCCUCGAAGACGUAUACGCAUUAGACCGUUAGACUGCCGAGAUGUCUGAGAGAAAAUCGCUGAAUUUCGGCCUGCUGAAGUUGGGGGUGGUCGGAUUAGAUCCGCGAAACCAAAAUUGGUUAACGAAGAUUAGGGCGGUUGUUCUUAGCUCUAUCCUCAGCUUGAACUACGUUCUGCUCGUAAUCGAGUUUUUUGCCAAGUUGACCGAAAUCGAUGCGCUCGCAGACACCGGGGAGAUGUUGGUGUCUUGCCACCAGUGCUUUACGAAGAUGCUCACCAUUUUGAUCACGAGGCCGAAGAUAGAGAGGUUAUUGGAGAAGCUCGCCCGCUUCAAGGACUUCGCAACUUUGGACGACGAGCUGCGCGAAGACGUCACCAGCACCGAACGACGAAUUCACUUCGUCCUGAAGGUCUACUACCACAACGCCCGCAUUUCCGCAAUCACGAUGGUGUUCAAACCCCUCAUAAUGAAGUCGAGAAUUUUUCCGAUACAGGUUUACAACUUUAUCGAUCUCUUCCAGACGCCUUACUACCAAAUUGUAUACGGCUUUGAAACGCUCAGCAUCUUCUACCUGUUCUACAUCAUUAUCGGAUUCGAUAUAACAUUCUUCUCGAUCGUCACCUACAUUUACAACGAGCUGAAGAUUAUCAAGUACCAGUUUCAGCAUCUGAAGAUAACGGAAAGCGAUCUGGAGAACGGGUUUAAGAGGCUGUCGGAAAUCAUCGCACAUCACGAUUACGUGCUCAGGUAAACUUAUGCAGAACU